AUGGCGCAAGAAGCUAAAGGGAAUGGAAUGAGCAUUAAGGAAGUGAUGGAAGAGUGCAAGUUGUUCUAUUUCGCUGGUCAGGAGACAACUUCCUUACUUUUAGUAUGGACAAUGGUUCUGUUAAGCCAACACCAAGAAUGGCAAGCUCGUGCAAGAGAAGAAGUAAAGCAAGUUUUUUGUGACAAUUCAGAAGGACUCAACCAACUCAAAGUUAUUACGAUGAUAUUGUACGAGGUCCUCAGGCUAUAUCCACCAUUAGCUCAGGUGACUCGAGCCGUUCACAAAGAGACGAAGAUAGGUGACUUGACAUUACCAGGAGGUGUUCAGAUCAGUCUACCGAUUCUGCUAGUGCAACGUGACACCGAGCUAUGGGGAAACGAUGCAGCGGAGUUCAAGCCGGAGAGGUGUUCAAAGACGGUCUCUCGAAGGCGACCAAGAGCCAAGUCUCUUUCUUUCCGUUUGCGUGGGGGCCAAGGAUCUGCAUUGGACAGAACUUUGCUUUGA